GUGCGACCGAACAUAACGAAAACGAAACCUGUCGUAUGGAUUUCAUGGAAGUUAGCCCCAACAAAUCAAGGUGAAUUGUGAUUUUGGAGCAGUUUUGAAAUUUCAGAGUUUUAUAGUGUUCGCGGAUCGCGGCUGUUUCGAUUGCACUCUGAACUAGAAUACCAGACAACGGCAAAUUAUUGGAAGAUUAUACUGGACUGGUUGAUGUGAAGUGGAAGUUGGUCCUAGUUCGGGCUCACCGCUGUCGUCCCACGAACACACCUUACUUCCACCCUUACUCACCACUGUCACCGAUGUCAUGCGCUAACGUGAUUGUCUGAGCUCACCCAUCUUGGAUAAUUCUCCCACUAACCGUGAUGAUAGAGCCAGUUUCCUCUCAACUCUGAGAUUUUGUUCCCGUCGCUGAAUUUCUUAUUUGUGGGAUUCGCUCAUUCAAGAUACCAUGUUAGCGCACGUGCAAUGCAUCCUUUUGAUUGGUCCCAAAAAGCGGAAAGGUCGGAGAUCACGUCGGUGCCCCCGUGCAACUAAUUAUGUUCUGCUCCCUAAAGCGUUCACAGAAAUGCGCCCAGAAAUUAAGAACUUUUUCCGGAAGAACAAUAUUGUAGUCAUCACGGACUCGAGUGAUCCACGAACUCUGUUAGCCAAUUCCCAACGACCUUACAAGCUAGAUAUCUUCGAGUUUAGAUUGGCCAACGUCGAUGUCAGUCGUAAAAUAACGGAUCCAACAAUCCAUGUCAAAGAGGACAGGGACUUCAUAUCGCAUAAUAAAGAAGAGGCGCUCAUUUUCUUCCCGAAAAGUGGGAACAACAUAAUAAGUUCCGAUUACCUCGACUGGAGGAGAACUUUCUACCACGCAAUCGACGAUCGCAGUUUGAGAUUCAUAGAGGCAUGCCUGUCUUAUGGUGUUGAAUUCGGAUAUGGACAUCAUGGCGGCGGCACUCCCAUACAUUUCGCCGUUAAGAUGAAUAGCCCGACUCUUCUGAAGAUGUUUAUAAGAAACGGGUACGACGUGGAUAAACCUGCCACCAGAAUGUUGGAUCUCAUCUUGCCCCUGCAUCGUGCCGCAAAAGAGGGACAAUUUGAAAUUGUGCGAAUUUUAGUGGAGAACGGAGCGAACGUGAAUGCAUUGGAUAUGUAUUCAGAAGAAGAUUCUUUCGUAGCAACUCCUUUAUUACAUGCAUCCGCGAACGAACACACAAAAGUGGCGAAAUUCCUCAUUGAAAAUGGUGCGGAUGUGAAUGCGGAAGAGCAUAUUCUCUGCAAAUUCGAACUCCCGAGUCGUGCGCAUCAUGAUAACACUCCUUUGGAGCUUGCUGCAAGUGGUGGCCACGUAGCAGUUGUUGAAGCUCUUCUUAAAGCUUCUGCUGAAAUCGAUAAGAAAUGUGUGUCGCCGGGUAACUUCAACUGCGCCACGCCUCUUAUGCAUGCCGCUCGAAAUGGUGAUCUCGAGCUUGUCAAUUGCCUUAUUGAAAAGGGUGCUAAUGUGAACGGUAUCCAAAAUAUGAAUCCCCACAAUUAUAACCGAGUUUGUGAAGAUGAACCCGAGGGCUUUACUCCUCUGCACUCGGCUGUAUUUGAUGGGCAUUCAGAAGUCGUGAAAUUCCUUACAAGUCAAGGUGCUGAUGUCAACGCGAGAGGUAGCUUCAAUCAUCGCCCUGUGCUAAGUGCCGCAGAAAAUGGGGAUAUCGGUAUGGUGAAGUUAUUGCUCGAAGCUGGAGCGGACAUCAACGCCGAAGCUCUUAAUCCAGACUACGAGAGUAAUAUUCUGCUCAUACCUUUGCGGAAGGAAAAUCGAGAUUUCCUUGAUUUUGUUCUGUCUCGUCGCUCCGAAUUGAGCGACGCUUGUAUCUUGAGGGCUUUUUACUUCGCAUUGCGAACAGGCUCGAAUUUUUGCAGAGAUCACCUCAACACUGUCUGCCCCCCUAAUUUUGCUUUUAACGAUGAGAAUCUACAGAAUGUUGACUCCGUAGCGUUGCUUCUCGGAGCAAUCCAUAAGAAUAGGCAGGACUUGGUCGAGCAGCUGUUGAGCAGGGGUGUUGAUGUGAACGCCGUUCGUUGCUACUGCCGCGACUCGAAAUCCGAAGAGCACUCCGAUAUGUGCGGUGGUGCCUUGCACAUAGCGGCCGCGUUCAAUCUGGAGGGAAACAUCGUGAAACUCCUGAUCGAACACGGAGCUGACGUGAAUCUACCGACUGAUGACGGAAUGACUCCCUUAUACUACGCUGCGCACCAUAAUAAUCAAAAUGCUGUUAACAUUUUAAUAGAAAAAAAGGCCAAUAUCCGUGGUGACGCUGAUCUAAUAACGGAAGCUGUCGCCUCGUCCAGUGCGGAAAUAUUAGAAACACUUCUACGGAAGGGCGCAGAUCCAAUUAUCACGAUUGAUACCACCUCGGCUCCGAGAGAUCCAGAUAACGGAAGUCCAGAGUUGGAACCGGAAUAUGAAAAAAUGUCUGUUGCACUGGUAAGUGUUCGUAGGACGAAUUGCGACUUAAAGAAAUUGAAACUUUGUCUCAAAUACGGAGAACCACAUUUAGUCAAAAACUUGAGCAACGAAGAUAAAACGGAGAUAACUUACUUGCUGCGUGUUUCCAUUCGUUAUAAACAUAUAAGCGCAUGCCAGACUCUCUUUGAUUACGCUUUCAAUUACGACCUUCCCUUCCUAACCAUGUUUAUUGAAGCUUUUGGCUCCGAAAAUCUGGUAGGCUCUAUAGAUUUGUUCAAAAGUUUAGCUUGCUACAUCGUCAAAAUGGUCUCUGCUAGGGAACUGUUUCAAAGAAAAGAUGUAUCUAAUUUACAACGCUUGGAAUCGUUGAUUCCUGAUGAUUAUGUUUUGCAAUGUAAGGCGGAGGUCCAAAAGAUGCAAAAUAUGAAAGUAGGAGACACGGACGUGUCCUUUUUCGAUGUAUUGGUUCAAGAUGUUUGUCUUAUUUCUAACUAUUUCCGGAAUAUCAGCAUCGAGCGAGAAUUUCAGACGGCUGCGUACAAGGAUGAGUUCCCAAUUUAUGCGAGCAUCUUAGAAUGGCAAUUUGAGAAAGGUGCGCACCGCAGGUACUUAUUGAAUCGAUGUACCAAUAUCUUUGCCGCUUUAUUUGAGCAUUUCUCUGGGCUACCUAGUGAUGUCAAGGAGAUGAUAGUCAAUCUAUUGGACAAUCAGAAUCUCCAAAUGUUGUUAGCCUUAUAGUCAGAAUAAUGGUGAUUACCUACAACGCAACGGCUUAAGUUUUUUAUUUAUUUUCGAUGACAUUACUUCAACAUUCAAGAUCAUUAUAUUUCAUUUAAGAAUAUUCAUCUUUAGUUCAUUAUUAACUAAAGAACUUAUCGAUCGACAAAUUUAUUUCUUUAAGUGUGCAAAUUUUCACUCCUCUGUUUUUAGAUUCAUUUGUUCUGCUGUCAAUUUUUUACAUGCCUUCAUUUAAACUGUAAACGAAUUUAUGUUUACAAUAACUAUUACGAAUAUAUUAUCCAGUAUUAGGAUCUCAAAAGAAGUCUCAAUUGUGUGAUGUAGUUAUUUUUAAUGUCACGUUUAAUGCAUAUUUUCACGCAGUGUAUGUCUUUUCACAUCUUUCUGAGUAGCCAUUGCUUCAAAUAAUGUAUUCAAUUUUUUCCUUUUCAAAAUUUACUAAAAUUGUGAAAAUCUAGAGCGUAGUCUCGAUGAUUUAAUAUAAGUAAAAAUGUAUAGUUUUAUUCGGCUAUAAUUCACAUUGCUCUUCAAUUUUGAAUCUCUCUCAUUAGUAAAUUUUAUCACUUUCCGUA